AUACUAUCUAUUCGCAUCAGCCAAUGAGAAUGUGUGUAUCCUCCCAGAGACCCCGCCCCUUCAUUGAGGUAACUUUGGUGGCGGGAAAAGUUCCGCUGUUUUCGCGCCGGGGCGGGGCUAUCGAAGACCCGCCGCGGGGCUCCGGGGAGGUAGUUUGGCGUCGGCCAGCAUGGCAGGGACCGUGGUACUGGACGAUGUGGAACUGCGGGAGGCGCAGAGAGAUUACUUGGACUUCUUGGAUGACGAGGAAGACCGGGGAAUUUAUCAGAACAAAGUUCGGGAGCUGAUCAAUGACAACCAGUACCGGUUGAUUGUUAACGUGAAUGACCUGCGCAGGAAAAAUGAGAAGAGGGCUAAUCGCCUCCUGAGCAAUGCAUUUGAGGAGCUGGUGGCCUUCCAACGGGCUUUAAAGGAUUUUGUGGCCUCCAUUGAUGCUACCUAUGCGAAGCAGUAUGAGGAGUUCUACAUAGGAUUGGAGGGCAGCUUUGGCUCCAAGCAUGUCUCUCCCCGGACUCUUACUUCCUGCUUCCUUAGCUGUGUAGUCUGUGUGGAGGGCAUUGUCACGAAGUGCUCUCUAGUUCGUCCCAAAGUUGUACGCAGUGUCCACUACUGUCCUGCUACCAAGAAGACCAUAGAGCGACGUUAUUCUGAUCUCACCACCCUGGUGGCCUUUCCCUCCAGCUCUGUCUAUCCCACCAAGGAUGAGGAAAACAAUCCCCUUGAGACAGAAUAUGGCCUCUCCGUGUACAAGGACCACCAGACCAUCACCAUCCAGGAGAUGCCGGAGAAGGCCCCCGCCGGCCAGCUUCCCCGCUCUGUGGAUGUCAUUCUGGAUGAUGACUUGGUGGACAAAGUGAAGCCUGGUGACCGAGUCCAGGUGGUGGGGACCUACCGUUGCCUUCCUGGGAAGAAGGGAGGCUACACCUCAGGCACCUUCAGGACCGUCCUGAUUGCCUGUAAUGUGAAGCAAAUGAGCAAGGACAGUCAGCCGUCAUUCUCUGCUGAGGAUAUAGCCAAGAUCAAGAAGUUCAGUAAAACGCGUUCCAAGGAUAUCUUUGACCAGCUGGCCAAGUCGUUGGCCCCAAGUAUCCACGGGCAUGACUAUGUCAAGAAGGCAAUCCUCUGCUUGCUCUUGGGAGGGGUGGAGCGAGUCCUAGAAAAUGGCAGCCACAUCCGUGGGGACAUCAAUAUUCUUCUAAUAGGGGACCCAUCGGUUGCCAAGUCUCAACUUUUGCGGUACGUGCUUUGCACUGCACCCCGGGCUAUCCCCACCACUGGCCGGGGCUCCUCUGGAGUGGGUCUGACGGCCGCUGUCACUACAGACCAGGAAACAGGGGAACGCCGUCUGGAAGCGGGGGCCAUGGUCCUGGCUGACCGAGGUGUGGUUUGCAUCGAUGAAUUUGACAAGAUGUCUGACAUGGACCGUACGGCCAUCCACGAAGUGAUGGAGCAGGGUCGGGUCACCAUCGCCAAGGCUGGCAUCCACGCUCGACUGAAUGCCCGCUGCAGUGUUUUGGCAGCAGCCAACCCCGUGUACGGCAGGUAUGACCAGUACAAGACCCCCAUGGAGAACAUUGGGCUGCAGGACUCACUGCUGUCCCGAUUCGACUUGCUCUUCAUCAUGUUGGAUCAGAUGGACCCUGAGCAGGACCGGGAGAUCUCAGACCAUGUCCUCAGGAUGCACCGUUACAGGACACCAGGGGAGCAGGAUGGUGAUGCCAUGCCUUUGGGUAGUGCUGUAGAUAUCCUGGCCACAGAUGAUCCCAACUUUAGCCAGGAAGACCAUCAGGACACCCAGAUUUAUGAGAAGCACGACAAUCUUCUUCAUGGGAACAGGAAGAAAAAGGAGAAGAUGGUGAGUGCAGCGUUCAUGAAGAAGUACAUCCACGUGGCCAAAAUCAUCAAGCCCGUCCUAACACAGGAGUCAGCCACCUACAUUGCAGAAGAGUACUCACGCCUGCGCAGCCAAGACAGCAUGAGCUCGGACACCGCAAGGACAUCUCCAGUUACUGCCCGGACGUUGGAAACUCUGAUUCGAUUGUCCACGGCCCAUGCCAAGGCCCGCAUGAGCAAGACUGUGGACCUGCAGGAUGCAGAGGAGGCUGUGGAGUUGGUCCAGUACGCUUACUUCAAGAAGGUUCUGGAAAAGGAGAAGAAACGUAAGAAGCAACAUGAGGAUGAAACAGAGACAGAAGAUGAAGAGGAGAAAAGCCAGGAGGACCAAGAACAGAAGAGGAAGAGGAGGAAGACUCGUCGCUCAGGAGCCAAGGAUGGGGACUCAUAUGAUCCCUAUGACUUCAGUGACACAGAGGGGGAAAUGCCUCAAGUGCACACUCCAAAGACAGCGGACUCGCAGGAGACCAAGGAAUCCCAGAAGGUGGAGUUGAGUGAAGCCAGGUUGAAGGCGUUCAAAGUGGCUCUCCUGGCGGUGUUCCGGGAAGCUCAUGCACAGUCGGUGGGCAUGACUCGCCUCACAGAAUCUGUCAACCGGGACGAGGAACAGCCCUUCUCUCCAGAGGAGAUCCAGGCAGCGCUGAGCAAGAUGCAGGAUGACAACCAGGUCAUGGUGUCCGAGGGCAUCGUGUUCCUCAUCUGAGGCCGCGUCUCUGAACUUGGGGCUCUGCAAAGGAAGCUUCCCCAGGGCCCCCACCCCCCGUGUCGGUCUUGGCCUUUAUUCCCUGAAUAACAGUGUUUAAUUGAACUGCAGUUGAGGGACACGGAGUGAAGCUGAAUGAGGGUUCGGUGGACGCUUUGGGAGUGAAAGCUGCCAUGAGGUAAAGCAAGAGGAAGGUGGGGAAGGACUGCGGCUAUUGCCUCCUCAUUGCAAAAGACGAUCAUACUCCCACCCCUAAACAAACCAAACCAUUCUUUGCUAUAAAUAGCGUAUGAUUUCCUGAGUAUUUUGGGGGCACAGCUGGGUUGUUUUCAUACUUUCUGUGCCUGUUGGCUUUUAUUUUUCACUUGCACUUUGGUCUAGAACAGGCUCUGGGUGGUUUCAUGCUGUGGAUAGAACCAGAGCCCAAGAAAACAUUCUUUGUAAUAGCACCGGUUAAGACUAAUAUGUGCUUUUGAUCUCAGUAUCCAAGACAUUAAAUAAACUUACCCAUUUUUAUACUGUGCACAUA